AUACCCGGUCUAUGUAUAUGUAAACCAGUUAUUUAGAAUGCUACUAAGAAAUAAAUAUGCGCAAAGCAUGCGAAGCUUUCAAAAACUUGCAAGUCUGCUUAACGAGCGAAACAAAUUUUGCUGGCCAACGACUGCAGCAACAAAAACAUUGAACGUAAACCAAUGGAGUGAAGGGUCGCAACGCUUGUAUUGCAGCAGCAGCAGCAACAGAUAUGAGAGCUCAGUUCUGUAUACGACAGCAACGAGAGCAGAAAGAGCAGCAGCAGCAACUGGUGUUGGCCAUUUGAGAUUUUACAGCAAACAGCAACCUCUCAUAGCAACCGCAACAGCGAAAAAACGAAAAAUGGUGGCCAAACUGACUGAACAAGAGCGCGCCGAGAAGUUGCAGCCACUGCUGGAUGGAGGCUGGAGCUUGGUUGAGGGACGCGAUGCUAUAUACAAGGAAUUUGUGCUAAAGGAUUUCAAUCAGGCCUUCAGCUUUAUGACGGGUGUUGCCUUGCUAGCUGAGAAAAUGAAUCAUCAUCCCGAGUGGUUUAACUGCUACAACAAAAUACAGGUUACCCUGAGCACCCAUGACGUUGGCGGCCUGAGCAGCCAAGACAUCCGCAUGGCCACAUACUUUGAGACGCAGGCAAAGCUACUAAGAAAUGUUUAAAAAUAAUUCUUUGAUAUAUAUUUUGUUUGUACCGCACAUAAAAUAUUUUUGUUAAAUAAUUAAAGUAAUUAGCCCAGCAUGGACUUACUUAA